AUGCCUCCAAAACUGGUAUUUUGGCGCUCACUCUUGUUGCUGUCAUCAGAAAAACAUCUCUUUGUAGGAAUACCUAUUACCAGUGCAUCGUAUUUUGCCACCAUGACGCUUGACCAAGUUAGGCACGUAUUUCGCUCUGACACAGAAGUGCCCAUACCUUUGAUUGAAGAAAGACAUCGGGUGCUGAAUGAAAGCGGAACAGUUCUGUUAGAGAAGUUCGGAGGCUCUUUCCUCACCUGUGUUAAAAUGAGUGAGAAAAGUGCUCAGAGACUACUACGUCUAGUACUGGAAAAUUUUCCUUCUUACAGAGACGAAGCUGUAUUUGAGAAAAAAAAGGUGUCUUUCUACAAACGAGCACAAAUACUUGUGGCUGAUACAUGGAGUGUAUUAGAAGGCAAAGGAGAUGGCUCUUUUGAUGACAUUUCUAGUCUGACUAUAUUUGCUGACUACAGAAUUCCUCAAGUUCUUGUUCACUUAAAAGCAAUGAAGUAUUCUGAAGAACUAAUGAAGAAACUACGUGAAGGAACAAUUUUCCAGUCCGGAGAUAAAGAGGAGGUGGAGAUCCGUGGCUGUUCUAUUUGGUGUUGCGCGUUGAUUUGUAAGCACCUGCUGGAGCUCUACGAGAAGAAGGGUCAGGACAUGCGUGAGAAGAUCAACGCGGUUUUACUCGAUUAUUAUCUUUGGGACUAUGCCAGGGACCACAGGGAAGAGAUGAAAGAUACUCCGUUUCACCGAGUGCGCUGUAUAUAUUACUGAGUCCAGUCCGAUAGCUGUUGCAUUGAUGCGUUAUCUUUUGCAUUGCUGUU